AUGACGCACCUCCAGUCGGUCGUCGCUACGUGCCAACUCUCCCUCCUGCACUUUCCCCAUAACCCCCUUAUACAGCACCGUCUACAGCAGUCUUCCAGACAGCUGGAACAGUAUCUGUCCUCUCGUGCCGCUGAUAUCGCCUUCAAAGCCAAGCUCAAAGUGGAGGGGGCCCGUGAGAUGGGUGUCCCGUCUCUCCUCAGUAGUCUCAAUUCCCAUAUCAAGGCCUCGCAAGUCUCCGCGAUCACACUCCCCUCUGGCCGCCUCACCUCCAACCUCAGCGAAAUCAACGCCCAUUGCACCUCCUUCUUCUCCAGCCUCUACGGUGCCCCUCCCCAACCCGCUCGUCCGUCGGAUUUCUGGCGUCACCUCCCCCCCUCGUCCCCACCGUCAGCUUUGCUUCUUCCCUUAAUGGCGCCCUUCUCGCUUGCCGAAAUUGAUCGUGCAAUGGCCUCUCUCGCCCCUGGCAAGACGCCCGGCAGCGAUGGCCUGCCCGGAGAUUUCUUCCGCACUUACCGUGCUCUCCUCGGUCCGGUCUUCCAUCAACUCUUCGCGUCAAUCUGGCGCUCCCAGUCGUUGCCCCCCUCUAUGAGAGGCGGCCGCACUGUCCUCAUCCCCAAACGACAGUCUUCCUCAAUGGUCGAGGAUCUUCGCCCUAUUACGCUCAUGAAUGCUGACUACAAAACCCUCGCCAUCUGCCUCGCCAACCGUCUUCAACCUGUUCUGCGCCACAUCAUCCACCCUGCCCAGACAGCCUUUGUGCGCGGUCGUAGCAUUGGCGAUACGAUCAAUGACACUCUCGAUUUAAUGGAAUGGGCAGUUGCCCGCUCCGUACCCCUCCUCGUACUCACAGUAGACAUCCGCAAAGCCUACGACCUGGUAGAUCGAGAGGAACAGCCUAACUGGAAUAAGUGCUCCAUCCUCCCCUUCAAUAUCCCGCAUCAGCAGAUUACGCACGCAGGCCCCAUUCCGGUGCGCCAACCUGAAGACGCUGAACGUAUUCUGGGUGUGUUUGUUCAGCAUUCCCAACCCGGAAACCUCUCCCCUUUAAUCGUUUUCUCCUUAAGCCGGACGGGCAACCCUUUGGUGGUCUCAAAGAAGAACUGCCUCUCCUCACCCUCCAACUCCGCCUCGGACAUCUCCUCACCCCCACAGAGUCUGGUCUUCGUCGCCUCUCCAGAGUUGAAAUUUUCCGUCGAUUCCCUACUGCCCGUUUCCCCUGCAGCAGACGUAUCCUCACUGCCAUUACCGAAGCGGUUCCUCUGGACUGGUGGGAGGUCCUCCUCCCUUUUCAACGCCCUCUGGGAUCCUUGUCUGCAGGAGAUUGGACUGUCCCUGUCUCCCCUCCUCCCCUCUCUCCCCCUCAACUACUACAGGUUCGCGUUACACUCCCAGGCGGUCUGGUGGUAG